AUGGCCGAGGAACAUCCUCUUCCGCGAAAGUUAUGGGAACAUCCCAAUCCCACAGGCACGGAGAUGUGGAAGUUCAAAACCAGUCUGGAGAGGGUAACGGGGAAGACGUUCGAGAAUUACGACGCCCUAUACGAUUACUCUUGCACCCACCGCUCCGACUUCUGGCGCCAUGUCUUGGAAUACUUUCCCGUCGUGUAUGGCGGGACCAUCCCGAAUCCGGUCGUCGACGAAUCCGCGCGAAUGGACUCGAUCCCUCGUUGGUUCAAGGGCGUCCAGAUGAAUUUCGCCCAGAAUAUUCUCUUCUCUGGCGACAGGAAGACCGGCAAGCCCAUCAUCGACGCCGCCAAAGCCGACGACAAAAUCGCCUGCACGGAAGUCCGAGAAGGAAGCUUCCUCGAACCUAUCCGCCAUGUCUCCUGGAAGGAGCUGAGAGAGAGGGUGGGGAGGUUGUCGCAAGCCAUGAAAGCCCGAGGUGUCAAGAAAGGCGAUCGGAUAGCUCUGGUCGCCAGCACGAGUGUUGACACCCUGACCGUCUUUCUCGCCACGGCCACGCUCGGGGCUCUUUUCAGUUCGAGCAGCACCGACAUGGGCGUCAAGGGGAUCUUGGAUCGGUUGACUCAGAUCAAGCCCAAGUAUGUCUUCAUGGAUGACGUUGCUUUGUACAAUGGGAAGAAAACCGACUUGCGGCCAAAGAUGAAGGCUGUCAUGGCCGGGAUGGGUGGAGUGAAAGAAUUCGAAGGCAUCGUCUCCCAGGUCCGAUUUGCCCAUUCUCCAGCAGAUAUCUCCUCAGUCCCAGGUGCCCAGACUUGGGCGACCUUCAUCUCCGCUGCUAAAUCCUCCGCAUUGGAAUUCGAACCAACGGACUUCUCGGAUCCAUUCCUCGUCGUGUACUCAUCCGGAACAACCGGACAGCCGAAAUGCAUCGUUCACGCCAUCGGUGGAGUGGUCAUCAUGAGCUUCAAAGAAAGCGUUCUCCAUCAUUGUCUCACACCCGACUCAACGCAACUUCAAUAUACGACCACCGGUUGGAUCAUGUACAUGUAUAGCGUGUCGGCGCUGCUCUGCGGGUGCCGCGCACUCAUUUAUGACGGAAGCCCUUUUGUUCCGAAUAUCACCAACUUUGUGAAGCUGGUGGGACAGGAAAAGGUCACACACCUGGGAAUUAGCCCACGAUACCUGCAGACGCUGCAAGGGAACAACGUCAGCCCGAGAAAAGUGACAGAUCUGAGUCAUCUGGUAGGCGUGACGAGCACAGGCAUGGUGCUCUCAGAUCAACUGUUCGAAUGGUUCUAUGACGAGGGAUUUCCACCUUCCGUCCAUUUGGACAAUAUUUCCGGCGGCACCGAUAUUGCCGCUUGUUUCGGAAUCGGCAAUCCUCUCUUGCCAGUGUAUGUUGGUGGAUGUCAGUGUUUCUCUCUUGGCGUGCCAGUCAAGGUAUACGAUCAAACCGUCGAAGGCGGGAAGGGCGUGAAGGGCGUCGAGGUCGAAAUCGGAGUUCCGGGUGAAUUGGUGGCCGACAAAGCUUUUCCCACCAUGCCGGUGACAUUUCUCGGAGAAAAUGGUCCGCAGCGAUAUUUCGACAGCUAUUUUGCUCGCUUCGACAACGUCUGGACUCAUGGCGACUUCAUCGUGAUCCAUCCCAUAACGAAGCAAGUCAUGUUCCUUGGUCGAGCCGACGGGGUGUUGAAUCCUAGUGGGGUUCGGUUUGGUUCGGCGGAGAUAUACAGCAUCAUGGAAGCCAAAUUUGCAGACCGCAUUACCGACAGCAUUUGUGUCGGGCAGCGAAGACCACAGGACCAUGACGAGAGAGUCGUCCUCUUCUUAUUGAUGAAACCCGGUCACCAGUUGACGCCUCAGCUGGUGAGGGAAGUCAAGGAUGCCAUUCGAAAAGCAACAAGUCCGAGGCAUGUGCCCAAGUUUGUCUUCGAGACGAAAGAAAUUCCGACGACUGUGAACCUGAAGAAAGUCGAAUUACCUGUCAAACAAAUCGUGUCUGGGAAAGUCAUCAAGCCAUCUGGGACACUCCUGAACCCCCAGAGUUUGGACUUCUAUUAUCAAUUCGCCAAGGAUGAGAACUUGAUUGAUCUGGCCGAGCAGAAGGCCAAACUAUAA